AUGUUAAUAAAUCUGAGAAAAGUUGUUAUUGAUCGUUUUGCAAUUAAAAUUGGCAGGAUUCCCCACCCUAAUUGUAGGAAUCCGGCGAGAUCUUCCAUACACACCUCCAAUGUUAGAUUCUACCAAGAAGUCAAGGAGAAUGUUUCAGAAACUCCCAGUUCCACAGUGGAUUCCACAAGUAUUACAAACAUAUUGAGGAGUUUUAUCGCCUCAAAUUACGAUACUAAAGUUUUAAGUCAAAUAUUCUCCCUUGAAAAAUCUGAUGAAAGCACACAAAAAACUGACAACCUUACUGAUAAUAAAUACAAUUUAUCUAAAGAAAAAAAACUUGAUAUUGACUCAUAUUUGACAAUUUUAAAGCUGUGCGAUAAGCUUAGCAUAUCUGAGUUGGACUUGAUUUCACCCCUCUCAGUUAAUUUGAACAAAUUACUCUGUAAAUUACUCGAAAACUCAACUGAAACCGAGUUGUUACAACAUAAGAUAAAAGUUCUUGAGAUUUGUAAAAUAUAUAAUAAACUGAAGAUUUUGUAUGAUCCGUUAUUUCUCACGAUUUCAAAACAAUAUUCAAAGCUCAUAGAAAAAUUUGGCUGGGAUGAUGUUGUCUUGUUACUUCUAUCCUUUUCUAUUCAGAGAUAUAACGAGCCUGAGAUAGUUAAAUCCAUUCAUAAAAGAUUAUUGGAACAAGAUUUGACUGAAUUGGAGCCCAGCUCAGCAGUAUCUUUAUACUCAAGCCUGGCCAACCUGGAGUUUCUUUCCCCCGAUGUAAAAAGAAAACUUGAGUCAAAGUUUGUUAAGAAAGGUGAAAAAAUCCACAAUUUCGAUCCAAAUUUAAAUUUUGAAAGUUUAAUCACAGUAGCUUACUCUAACCUAUUACUUGAAACACCAACAGUUAACGAUUUACAAAUUGUUCUAUCGGCACUAUCCAGAAUAUCAAGACUGGGAAAUUACGAAAACUUAAGCUUAAACUCCCUUAGGACCUUUACAGUGGUUUUAUCUUACAUCAAAUGUUUACAUAAAGAUUUAUACAAUUCGCUUCCAGAAACUGAUAAGGCAAAGUUAAUGGAAAUACUGUUAAAGUAUAAUGAGACUAAGAGGUUUAAGAGUUCAAUAUUCACAGACAAAGUGUCAGAACACCUGAGGAGGAUGAGAAUAAGAUGUGAAACUAAUGUGUAUAAAAACGGAGUUUUGCUGGAUAUUUUGGAGUCGGACCAGAACUUGGUCUGGCUGUGUAAUUCAUAUCACAGGUUCUACGCGACAACUUUUAACAUGACGGCGAACAGUAAACUGUUGACAAAACUGAUAAAGGCGUUUGGAUACAAGGUUUCAGUAAUAAACUAUUACCAAUGGGGAAGAAUGAAAUGUAAAAGAACAAGAUUUGCAUUCCUUAGGAUGGCAAGAUAUUACACACUAAAAGAUAGAAGGUACUCAACUAACUAUAAGACUAUAAAUACGAUGCCAAAUAUUCUGGAUGGAGCCUUCCAUAUAUUUGGUGGAACUACGGAGACAAGGAUCGACUGCAUAUCUCUCAUUAUGAUCAUUUUAACCCUUGAAAAAUACAAGAUAAAAUAA